AGGAUAUAAUUAGUUAUAUAUAUAACUAAUAAUAUUAGUUGUAUGUAUAACUAAUUAAGGCUGGAUUAAAUUUAUGGCCGUGAAGAAGAGAGACAAUAAUAACGAUGAUGGCUUCUUCCAAUUUCCUGAUGAUACAAUACUGGAAAUUCUCAAACGAGUUCCUGCAAAGAGUCUAAUGAGGUUCAAGUCUGCAUGCAGGGGCUGGCGAGACACGAUCGCCGACCCUUUCUUCGUCGAAUCUCAACGAAGCCAUGCCCGGAGCCAACCCGGCGGGACCCACCUCGUGUUUUACAACACGCAGUUAUUCUACAUCUUGUUGGCCUACAUCGAGAACUGCGGCUCGAAGCUCCGUGUCGUCACACUCUCCGCCAGAAACAUGAACCUUGAUGUCAUCACAACCACUUCUCCUCCUCCGCGAGACGGCCCUCAUAAUAAACCUCUCAGCCACUCAAAUGUUGUCUGCGGUCUCGUAUGUAUCUAUAUACACGAUUUCAUUUCUACUCCCGAAGGAGAAGAACCCACCCUUUGGUUGUUGAACCUCACCACCAUGGAAAAGAAAGCCCUUCCGACGCCAAGGUCGGACGACACGCGUCAUGAGAACGCAAGGUGCACAUAUUUUCUGGGGCUCGAUUCGUUGACAAAACAUCACAAAAUCCUUCACUAUCACGAAAGCGAGUGCCAUGUCUUGACGGUGGGAGACAAGAAAUGGAGUCGAGUCUUGGGUCCAAUCCCUCAACAACUCCAAGUGGUCGAGGCGGUGUCUAUGGAGGGAAGAAUCUGUUUCAAAAGUGGAAACAUAGACCUUCGGGCCCUCACAUUCUUUGAUUUGAAUGAGGGUAAAUUCCGACAUAUUUCCUACCCACAAGAUUAUCUUCCUCGGCAGAUUGCUACAGGUUGGCUUCGCAUCCCUUACUUUUUACAAGAGAUUUUCGAGCUUGGAGGAAAGUUGGGUAUAGUGGACGGCCUGAGGGUUUGGGUAUUGGAAGACGACAAUGGCAGUUGGGUUGAGAAAAAAAUAACCCUUCCCAAGGACGUUUAUAACGGAGAGUUGGUUGGUGUUAAGGGAAAAAAUGAGAUCAUCGUCAAGUCUUCUCAAGGGAGAGAUGUGAUCCCAAGGUAUUACAUUUAUGAUUUCGACACGGGUGGGUGUAAAGAAGAACCCGAGAUUUCUCUCCACGACUUGAGCUUCAAGAAAUAUUUAUCUCAAUCAAAUAUCUCCUCAAGAUAUUGUAGCACUACACUCCUCAGCUAUAUUGAAAAUAUCACUCCAUUGUAAGAAGAAACUAGUCUGUUAUGA